AAAAACUCAGAGCGAUUGACACAUACUUCCUUUCAAUUCAAAUCUUCUUUUCUUUCUGAAAAGCGGAAAAGCUCGAAAGCUCCAUCAAUGGAUGCCACAAAGACCACGGGCGCCGGAGGCAGACGAAGCGGGAGGGACGCCGGAGGCAGACGAGGCGAGAGGAAGAAGGCCGUCUCGAAGUCCGUCAAGGCCGGUCUCCAGUUCCCCGUCGGCCGUAUCGUCCGCUACUUGAAGAAAGGCCGCUACGCCCAGAGAACCGGCACCGGCGCUCCGAUCUACCUCUCCGCCGUUCUUGAAUAUCUCGCCGCUGAGGUUUUGGAGUUGGCCGGAAAUGCCGCUCGCGGCAACAAGAAGAACAGAAUAAACCCCAGGCACGUAUUGUUGGCGGUUAGGAAAGACGAUGAGUUGGGGAAAUUGCUGCAGAGUGUGACGAUUUCCAGUGGCGGCGUGCUUCCCAACAUCAACCCUGUUUUGCUUCCGAAGAAGUCCCACAGCGCUUCUGCAGAUGGCGGGAAGGCUUCCAAAGCCGCUAAGUCGCCCAAGAAGGCCGCCGCCUAAAUGGUUCAAAAUAGGAGAAUAAUAUAGAAAAAGAAUUAGCACUUUUUUGUUUUUGUAACUUUAGAUCUGGAUAUGUUAUUAGGAUUAUUUUCUUUCUUUUGUUUUGGGUCCCAGUGCAAAUAUGUAGCUCCGUUUACAGUGUAUCCGAAAUUUCUAAUGGAAAUUUUCUUUAUUUCCUUA